GGCCCGAAAUGUCUCUGGGGGUUGGCAGGGCAGACCUCAAACGUUCCAGACGAGGAAUACCUCCAGUGUGUCUGCCGUUUCCCGGUUCCAGUCAAAGCCAGAGUCCACAUCAGCUCCUUCACCGGCCUGGGCUCCGAUUGAAGAUGGGAUCUCUCAGACACAUCGCAGUGACACUGGGUUUUUGCAGUCUGUUUACAGUGACAAGGGGCAUAGUUUUGGGGAAGCCAAUCCUUCAUGCCCCGGAUGUUUCCCUGGCGGGUAACAUUGAAACAAUUUCCUGCUUUGUGUCUGAUGCGCCGAAGACGGAAGCCAUCUUGUACGAGCUAUACCAGGAAAACAAGGCCAAGGCAUUCGGGGACUACACGGCCGAUGACGGCCACGCCGCCAACUUCACUCUUCAGGCUAAGCCGGACUACGACGGAAACUUCUUCUGCAAGGCGAGCGUGCAGAACAUCUCCGCCGUGCCCUUCACCGUCAGCGAUGUCCACUACCUCAGAGUGAUCGUGCCUGUUAACGGGACGAAGCUUGUGUCAGAUCCGCCAUUGGCCGAGGUCUUCGAGGGGCGUGGCCUGACUCUGACAUGCACCGUGAAGACGGGCACACACGUCUCUUACCAGUGGUCCCACAACGAAAAUCCAACCAGGAUGUCCCAUCAUGGGUCCAGUGGCAACCGCCUGUACGUGACAGAGGCAACCCUAGAGGAUGCUGGGAACUACUCCUGCCGGGCAACAAAUCAGCUGAAUGACACUCAGAUUUACUCCUCCAGCGACCAUAUAUUCAUCAGGGUCAAAGAUUCCAUUUCCAAACCUAAAAUCUCGUUGACAGUACAUAAGGAGGAUGAUGGGUACGUAGCCAGUGUGACCUGCCGUUCAGACAAGGGGACCCCACCUGUCAACUUCACCUUCACGCUCCUCAAUGAAACCGGGGCGUGGCAGAUCAUUCGGGAGGGGGACCCCCGUAGUGCCUCGCUCGCUGUUCCCGUCACCCUGAACCGAAAGGAGGGGGAGGUGCGCUGUGAGGCAGCCAAUGGCGAUAGGCCGGUGACCAGCGACACGCUGACCCUGGAAGUGGUGCCUGUAAAUGGGACUGUAAAGCUGACAUCAAAUCGCGUGGGGAGUUUCUCUGGCGUGGCUGGGCUCGCUCUCCAUUGCGAAGUGAAGCGAGGGACAUUCCCCAGAUACCACUGGUUCCUGAACGACUCCGGUUUGGAUGUGAGAGGGGACUUCUACAGCAUCCAAGGAGAUGGCCAGACUCUACUGCUGAAGUCCGUCACCGCCAGCAGUUCCGGCUUCUACCACUGUGUGGCGACAGACAGCUUUGACGAAAUGAACAGCAUCAACAGUGAAAAGUUAUUUAUUGACAAGAACGGUUUGUGCAGUCUGUUUACAGUGACAAGGGGCUUAGUUUUGGGGAAGCCAAUCCUUCACGCCCCGGAUGUUUCCCUGGCGGGUGACAUUGAAACCAUUUCCUGCUUUGUGCCUGAUGCGCCGAAGACGGAAGCCAUCUUGUACGAGCUAUACCAGGAAAACAAGGCCAAGGCAUUCGGGGACUACACGGCCUAUGACGGCCACGCCGCCAACUUUACUCUUCAGGCUAAGCCGGACUACGACGGAAACUUCUACUGCAAGGCGAGCGUGCAGAACAUCUCCGCCGUGCCCUCCACCGUCAGCGAUGUCCACUACCUCAGAGUGAUCGUGCCUGUUGAAGGGGCGGAGCUUGUGUCAGAUCCGCCAUUGGCCGAGGUCUUCGAGGGGCGUGGCCUGACUCUGACAUGCACCGUGAAGACGGGCACACACGUCUCUUACCAGUGGUCCCACAACGAAAAUUCAACCAGGAUGUCCCAUCAUCGGUCCAGUGGCAACCGCCUGUAUGUGACAGAGGCAACCCUAGAGGAUGCUGGGAACUACUCCUGCCGGGCAACAAAUCAGCUGAAUGAUCAGAUUUACUCCUCCAGCGACCAUAUAUUCAUCAGGGUCAAAGUUUCCGUUUCCAAACCUAAAAUCUCGUUGACAGUACAUAAGGAGGAUGAUAGGUACGUAGCCAGUGUGACCUGCCGUUCAGACAAGGGGACCCCACCUGUCAACUUCACCUUCACGCUCCAAAAUGAAACCAGGGCGUGGCAGAUCAUUCGGGAGGGGGACCCCCGUAGUGCCUCGCUCGCUGUUCCCGUCACCCUGAACCGAAAGGAGGGGGAGGUGCGCUGUGAGGCAGCCAAUGGCGAUAGGCCGGUGACCAGCGACACGCUGACCCUGGAAGUGGUGGCUGUAAAUGGGACUGUAAAGCUGACAUCAAAUCGCGUGGGGAGUUUCUCUGGCGUGGCUGGGCUCGCUCUCCAUUGCGAAGUGAAGCGUGGGACAUUCCCCAGAUACCACUGGUUCCUGAACGACUCCGGUUUGGAUGUGAGAGGGGACUUCUACAGCAUCCAAGGAGAUGGCCAGACUCUACUGCUGAAGUCCAUCACCGCCAGCAGUUCCGGCUUCUACCACUGUGUGGCGACAGACAGCUUUGACGAAAUGAACAGCAUCAACAGUGAAAAGUUAUUUAUUGACAAGAACGGUUUGUGCAGUCUGUUUACAGUGACAAUUUCCGUUUCCAAACCUAAAAUCUCGUUGACAGUACAUAAGGAGGAUGAUAGGUACGUAGCCAGUGUGACCUGCCGUUCAGACAAGGGGACCCCACCUGUCAACUUCACCUUCACGCUCCAAAAUGAAACCAGGGCGUGGCAGAUCAUUCGGGAGGGGGACCCCCGUAGUGCCUCGCUCGCUGUUCCCGUCACCCUGAACCGAAAGGAGGGGGAGGUGCGCUGUGAGGCAGCCAAUGGCGAUAGGCCGGUGACCAGCGACACGCUGACCCUGGAAGUGGUGGCUGUAAAUGGGACUGUAAAGCUGACAUCAAAUCGCGUGGGGAGUUUCUCUGGCGUGGCUGAGCUCGCUCUCCAUUGCGAAGUGAAGCGUGGGACAUUCCCCAGAUACCACUGGUUCCUGAACGACUCCGGUUUGGAUGUGAGAGGGGACUUCUACAGCAUCCAAGGAGAUGGCCAGACUCUACUGCUGAAGUCCGUCACCGCCAGCAGUUCCGGCUUCUACCACUGUGUGGCGACAGACAGCUUUGACGAAAUGAACAGCAUCAACAGUGAAAAGUUAUUUAUUGACAAGAGCGCACUAGCCGGUGUCUCUGCGGGUGUGUUUGCUGUGGUUCUCAGUUGCUUCCUCUUCCUGCUGUGCCUGCUGACAGGCUGCUGUGUGUAUGGAGCCAUAUACAGGCGAAGACUCUCCUCCAUGAAGCCCAGCCCGACCUUUAUCAGCCCAGAAACAGACAGCUUGGAAAGUGAAGAGGAGGAACCGGUUGAGUCGGAGUACAUGGAAGAUAUGGAACUGGUUAAAGCCGCCAACAUAGACUACACAGAAAAGGGUGAAGAGGAGUCUGUGGACGAAUGGCCAGAGAUAGAAAGAGCCCUUCAAAUAAGCUGCAUGGAUGAAGCAGUAACCGUCAUCUAGAGAGAGAUGGAGAUGGGUGGGAGAGGGAGACAGAGAGAAACAGAGAGAGGGGGGUGGGGUUAUCUGAACAUAGGAGUAAUCCUGCUGAGCACUAAACUUGAUGUACAGUAAACAAAUACAUAAAAUGAAAUAAUUGUAAGGUAUGGAUAUGCUUUGGAAAGUCCGAAAGUUUGGUUUGCAUUUAUGUAACAAUAGUUUGUUAAUGUUUUCAUUUUCAUACUCCAAUAGAAAAACUUUAACAAUAAAGUGCUUAAAAUAC